AUGGUACCUGUUAACGAAGAGAGACGGAAGGUCGCUGUGGUCGAUACCGAUGAUGAUGAUCCGGCAGCGUCUGUUGUAUCGCCCGCGGUAGCGGUUGUUGCCUGCGUGGUAGGCGGCGACGAUAUGGUAGACUGGGCACCUGUGGGUGGUGUUAUUUUGGCGGCUUUUUGCGCCGAUGGGUCUGCCGAUGUGUUGGUGGUGUUCGCCUGGGGCCGUGCAGCAGCUGUGUCCAAUUUAGUCGCGGCAGAUGAAGUCAAUCCUAAAGCUUUCCCAUUGGCCGAUGCCCAAUUAACAGCUAAAAUCAUGAACCUUUUGCAACAGGCAUUGAACUACAAUCAAUUGCGUAAAGGUGCCAACGAAGCUACCAAAACAUUAAAUCGUGGUUUGGCCGAUAUUAUUGUGAUGGCCGCUGAUGCCGAACCCUUGGAAAUUCUCUUGCAUUUGCCCCUGCUGUGUGAAGAUAAAAAUGUUCCUUACGUCUUUGUACGUUCAAAACAGGCCUUGGGUCGUGCAUGUGGUGUUUCGCGGCCAAUCAUUGCCUGUUCCGUCACCACAAAUGAGGGAUCUCAGCUAAAGUCUCAGAUCACUUCUAUUCAACAGGAAAUCGAAAGACUUUUAGUUUAAGUUUUCAUUAUUACCCCCUUUUUUAUAACUAUAUAGUAUCCAUGUAAAAGAGCAUUUUGUAAGUUUACAAAUUUUUAUUCUUUAAA